AAUCCGACAGCUUUCUUCCACUGCAUAAAUUUCCUGAACUAUUACUUGAAAAGAGAGUGAAGAAACAAUCAUAUUUUAGUUUCUAUCAGUUCACCACCACAAACAAAAAUUCAAUGGCUCUGUCCCUUAACCUUCCAAGUCUUCCCAAUUUGUACUGCAAUGAAGCAGCAAGCGAAAUUGUCUCCUUGGAAGCUGAUGUUGAUGAUUGUGGAAGCGUUACUUUUGCAUCGUCACAUUCCUUCAUGGACUAUGACGCUGAUUCUUUAAUUAAUAUGUUCGAUUCAGAGGUUGAUCAAAUGCUGGAAUCUAAGGUUGUUUCAAGAUUUUAUGAUCUUCCUGCUAUUGUGACUGCUCGUCAAGAGGCACUCCAAUGGAUUUUAAAGGUGCACUCUUUCUACAGGUUUAGGCCUGAAACUGCUUAUCUUUCUAUAAACUACUUGGACCGUUUCCUCUCAGCUCGAGCUUUGCCGCAGGGGAAAGGGUGGCCUAUGCAGCUUUUAUCAGUAGCAUGCGUUUCUCUAGCAGCAAAAAUGGAGGAAACAACCGUUCCCUUUCUCCUAGACUUGCAAAUACUUAAACCCAGAUUCUUGUUUAAGCCCAAAACAGUCCAAAGAAUGGAGCUUUUGGUCAUGAACGCUCUAAAAUGGCGAUUGCGAACCAUUACUCCUUUCGAUUUUGUACAUUAUUUCAUUUCAGGGAUUUCAUGUAUCCAUAAAACCCAACAAAACAGCCUGUCUCACGUUUUUUCCUGUGCCUCUGAUCUCAUAAUUGAUACAUGUAAAGCAGCCAUUGAUUCCUUGGAUUACCCUCCAUCAGCAAUUGCAGCCGCCGUGGCACUAUGGCUGACUGAUCACAGAGUUGAUAACCAGAGUUUGGGUUUCUUGCAUAAUAGAGUGAACAAGGAGAUUGUGAAGAAGAUUUACAACACCAUUCAGAGAAAAAUUUCUGGUUUGCCUCGUAUCAAUCAUAAAAAAUUGGAGUCACUGCCACCAAGUCCCACCGGUGUGCUCGAUGCUGCUAUCUAAGAAAGCUGCAAGAUUGGCAACAAGGAUAUGAACUCAAGCAAUAAGUCAAUUGCCACAUAUAUAGGCGCUGAGAGCUUGAAAUGUUUGAUUAAGUUACUGAUAAAGGAGAGAAAAAGUGUUUUGGUUUGUAAUUCUAUGCAAUUCUUUACAAAGUGUCCAUGAUUUCCUUUUUCCUUCCUUUUUCUUUCUUUCUUUUUUGGUGUGUUAUUUGCCAAUGGCAAGUGAUUGUGAUUUGUGAGGAAGUUUUUUUACAGAUUUGAUUUUCCCUUGAUGGGUUUCGUAUUUUCAUAUGAAAUAUCUUUGUCA